AUCAUCAUCGACGGGUAUGACGAGUGUUCACAACGAGAGUACAUCGCUAGUAAUUCGGAUGAAAAGUACCCAAAUAACGCCAGAGAGAAAAUGCCAGUUGCAGCACUGUGUGCCAAGCUCAUCAAAGGAAAAAUACUGAGAGGUUCGGUCGUCAUGAUCACGUCAAGACCUGACGAAUCUGACGAAAUGAAAGCCAAAGACAUCUAUUUUGAUAGAUACGUUGAAAUUACAGGAUUUUCCGAGCCACAGGUAAAAGAAUACAUCGGAAAGUAUUUCAAAAACAACGACCGAAUGAAAAAAAUUGUCAUGGACCACAUUACAAAGAAUGUCAAUCUUGUCAGCUUUGCCCACAUUCCUGUGCUUUGUUUUCUUAUGUGCUCCUACUUUGAAUAUACUCUACAGCAACCAAAGAAGAAUAAUCCUCUCCCGGUGAAAACAAGUGACCUUUAUGAUGGAGUGGUCAACAUGUUCGUGCAAAAGCACGAUAGAAAGAAAAGAGCCUCUGUCGAAAAGACUCUGGAUGAAUUAUCUAAGCUUGCAGCUCAACUUCUUGUGGAGAGAAGGUUUCUUUUCCUUAUAGAGGACUUGAAAACUUUGAACAUACACGAGGUUGAAAGUCUGUGUGGAAGCGGUCUUCUUCAUUGCGGUCCUCCUUUCAGAACAUCUUUUUCUGCGACGACCAAACAUUUUUGUUUUACACAUUUGACUCUCCAAGAGUACUUAGCGGCUCGUUGGUUUGUGAACACAAGAACUAUCCCCCCCACAGAUGUGUCUACAGAAGUAGUUCUAUUUAUGUCCGGUAUUUUGUCCGAGCAAAAAGACAACGAAUUUGAGGAAAAGUUGAUUAUCCAAAAAUUUCUCAGCGACGACUUAUUGGCAGACGAAGACACAAGGGGGCAUUUAAUUUCUAAAUGUCUCCUACAAUACGAAGACAUCGAGUUUGCCAAGGGAAUAGUAAAGAGAUUUCAUGACGUAUUCUGCAUAUACGAUGAAUGUUUUGAUCUUUCUAACGUCGACAUUGCCUCUCUGGACUACGCUGCGGUGCCUUUUACAUUAGAUGUUUUUGGUGCACUCAAUGCAGAGGACGAAUCUGAAUGGAAUAGAAUCACUGAACUUCGGCUGAUAGGUCAGAAGUUCACCGAUGCCGGUGUUGGCAGUCUAUGUCAAGCAUUGCAGAAACCAACUUGUAAAGUCACCGUACUCGAUCUGGGUAGUAAUCAGAUCACCGAUGCCGGUGUUGCCAGUCUAUGUCAAGCAUUACAGACACCAACAUGUGAAGUCACCGAACUUGUUCUGGAUCAUAAUCAGAUCACCGAUGCCGGUGUUGUCAGUCUAUCUCAAGCAUUACAGACAACAACAUGUAAAGUCACCAAACUUUUUCUAAGUAGUAAUCUGAUCGCCGAUGCCGGUGUUGCCAGUCUAUGUCAAGCAUUACAGACACCAACAUGUGAAGUCAUCGAACUUGUUCUGGAUGAUAAUCAGAUCACCGAUGCCGGUGUUGUCAGUCUAUCUCAAGCAUUACAGAAGACAACAUGUAAAGUCACCAAACUUUUUCUAAGUAGUAAUCUGAUCGCCAAUGCCGGUGUUGCCAGUCUAUGUCAAGCGUUACAGACACCAGCAUGUAAAGUCACCAAACUUAGUCUGGAUGAUAAUCAGUUCACAGUUGCCGCUGUUUCCAAUCUACGUCAAGCAUUACAAACACCAACAUGUAAAGUCACCAAACUUUAUCUGAGUGGUAAUCGGAUCAACGAUGCUUGUGUUGCCAGGCUAUCUCAAGCAUUGAAGACACGAACAUGUCAAGUCACCGGUCUUUCUCUGGGUGGUAAUCAGAUCACCAAUGCUGGUGUUGCCAGUUUAUGUCAAGCAUUACAGAAACCAACAUGUAAAGUCAACAAACUUCAUCUGAGUGCUAAUCAGAUCGCCGAUGCCGGUGCUGCCAGUCUCUGUCAAGCAUUACAGACACAAACAUGUAAUGUCGCCAAACUUUUUCUCGAUUAUAAUCAGAUCAAAGAUGCCGGUGUAGCCAGUCUAUCUCAAGCAUUACAGACACCAACAUGUAAAGUCACCAAACUUUUUCUCAGGGGUAAUCUGAUCGCCGAUGACGGUGUUGCCAGUCUAUCUCGAGCAUUACAGACAGAAACAUGUGAAGUCACAGAACUUAAUCUGAGUGAUAAUCAGAUCACCGAUGUCGGUGUUGCCAGUCUAUCUCAAGCAUUGCAGACACCAACAUGUAAAGUCACUAAUCUUUAUCUGGGUGGUAAUCAGGUCACUGAUGCCGGUGUUGCCAGUCUAUGUCAAGCAUUACAGGCACCAACAUGUAAAGUCACCAAACUUAAUCUGAUUAGUAAUCAAAUCACCGAUGCCGCUGUUGCCAGUCUAUGUCAAGCAUUACAGACACCAACAUUUACAGUCACCAAACUUUAUCUGCGUAAUAAUCAGAUCACCGAUGCCGGUGUUGCCAGUCUACGUCAAGCAUCAAAACCAGCAGCAUGUGAAGUCUUCUUUUAAUCUAGGCGAAAAUCACGUUACAGACGCCGGUGAGAACCGUUUCAUGUAUAUUUUGGAUAAAAACUGUCAUAUCUACAUUUUUUAUGAUAAAGGAGACAUUGAGUAAGAGUCUCAGUUUUGGAAAAGAUAUACGAAAGUUCAAAGACACAGGGUAGACAUAGACAAUGUCAAUUGUGAACGCUUAAAAGCUGAAAACGCUUUAUCUUUUUGUUGUUCUUAACACGCAUUUAUCACUAAAUUAAUGCAUAAAUUAUAGAUUUUCAUAGAAAAAUCACAAGAUUUCGAGUAAAAUUUGAGAUCAAUUAGCGCGAGUGAACUGUUGAAAGGCUAACAAAACUACACGAGCCCGUAAGGCGAGUGAAAUUUGCCGUUCUUGGAAAAUAUACGAGUGCUGAUUUAACACAAAUUGUAGGAGAAAAAACGUGAUUAUCUGUUAAUAACUUACCUGCAAAAAUCAGACUCUGUUUUCCUCUUAGUCGUGUUUAUUUCGUGUCGUGUUUUACUGGCUCGACCGCUUGCCUUUG